AAGUACGGACCGCCUCUCUCUCUCCUUCUCUCUCGAAUACAAACCGGAACAGAGCUUCCAAUUUCUUAGCUCUACAUGGACUAAUGGAAACCACACCCACUCUCUGCAGCUUUCCUCCAUAUCCAUUCACUUCUCAUCUCCAUUACCGCCACCUCCGCUGCCGCAUCUACUCGCCUGAGCCCCGACAACUCUUUACCACUCUCUCCUGCUUCAAACCACGCCGUCGGCCUCGCCGGAAAAACAAGCUCGCUAAGUUCCACACCAUCCAAUCACCCCUCGAAUCCUCCUCUGACUCGAAGCUCCAAACUAUAAUUGAAAUUGAUCAAUUCACCGCCGAAGCCUCCUCUCUCGUUUACUCCGUCUACUACUACUCCCGUUCCCAAUUUCGCCAGUUUCUGUCGUCUGGAUUGGACGCUUUCCAUGAUUUGCGGACGUUGAUUGCUUUCGAUGACCAGAAUCGCACAUUGACCGUCUCUUGUCGGCGUUCCACUGUGGAAUUCCUAGGUCAGUUGGUGCUAUUCAGCUUCGUUGUGGUCUUUCUAGGUAGGGUUUUAAUCGGGAUCGGAUCUCGUUUUCGUAACCAAUUUAGUUAUGGGUAUACUUCUCCUGUGGUGAGGAGGGACCGCAGCCUCGGUGGACGAGAGGUUGUUGUUGGAACUGUGCGGGAUAAAGCUAUGGCGAAGAAGAACAAUCAUUUUGGGAUCUUGGAUAGUCCCCUAUCCAUGACUUCAAUGGCUCUGACUGAUGUUUCAGAUGAAGUAUCGAGGAAUGGGGCUUGGGUUGGAGAUAGAUUGCCAAAAUGGUGGCCUCCGGCAGUUCCUAGACGGAUUUCCACGGCGAAUAGGCAGGGAUAUCAGAUAGAAGCUGACAGAUUAGUACGAGCCCUCGUGGACAGUAGAAUGAGUGGGCGGGAUUUCAUGGAGGAUGAUAUUCUACAUUUGCGUCAAAUAUGCAGGAUGUCUGGAGUAAAAGUUUCCUUCAACACAGAGAAUAUGCGUGAUUCAUUCUAUCGAGCAUCUGUUGACUCUGUUUUUAAUAUCUAUAGCAGGACUCCAAUUAACCCUAACUCAGUUCUCAUUAAUGGUGAGAAUGGUCCGAGUUUUCUUGCUGGACUCGCUGAGGACAUUGGCAUUGAGAAUACUCGUGCUGCUAGGAUAGUUUCGGCUGCUGUUGCUGCUAGAAUGCGUUCAUGCUUUUUACAGGCCUGGGCUUUAGUGAUGCAAGACAGACAUUCUGAAGCAGAUGCGGAGUUGUUGAAGAUCUGUCACGUUGUCCAGACAUUUCCUCCGGACGAGUCGUCUCCUGAGAUGGAGAUGUUGACUCUAGGCUUGAAGAAACACUUGAAGGUAGAGCAGAGAGAAUGUUUGAUGAAUAUGUUCAUUAGUGUCUGUGGUAAAGAUAGUCAUAGGACCGCUGCAGAAGCUCUUGGUUUGCUGCUUCCUCCAAAUAUUGGCUUUUCAUAUUGUCAAAUCCUUUGCGCCUCAAAAUGUUCAUUCUUGUUUAUUAGUACACUUCCUCCAAAUGUUCAUACUCCAUCUACAUUUUCAUCAACUUUAGCAUUAUUCAUCAAUUGCCUCAUCCAUCCAACAAUUAAUUAAUUAAUGUGUUCUUUCUUUUC